AUGGCGAGCAGGGCGUGUUUUAAUGACCUUCAGACCAGUUAUAUUAUAGUGUGGCUCACACUGGAUUAUGUUUCUGACAUCAUAUACAUCAUUGAUAUAAUUAUUCGAUUUCGCACAGGAUUCUUAGAGCAAGGACUACUUGUCAGAGAUCCCAAGAUGCUCAGUGACAGUUAUAUACAAACCUUGCAGUUCAAAUUAGAUGUCAUCUCUAUACUUCCCACAGACUUGGGUUACCUUGGGCUUGGGAUUCACCGCCCAGAGCUUCGCUUUAACCGAUUACUACAUUUCCCACGCAUGUUUGAAUGUUUUGACCAGACUGAGACUCGAACUAGUUAUCCAAACAUUUUCAGAAUAUUCAAUCUAGUGCUAUACAUUCUACUCAUUAUCCACUGGAAUGCUUGCAUUUAUUAUGCUAUAUCUAAAGCAAUUGGUUUUGGUGUGGACACAUGGGUUUACCCUAAUGUUACUGAUCCUGCCUAUGGUUAUCUGACACGUGAAUAUGUCUACUGUUUAUACUGGUCUACUUUAACACUCACUACAAUUGGAGAAACCCCUCCUCCAGUCACAGACACAGAGUACCUUUUUGUCAUCUUUGACUUUUUGGUUGGUGUUUUGAUCUUUGCUACUAUUGUAGGAAAUGUUGGUUCUAUGAUCUCGAACAUGAAUGCAACCAGGGCUGAGUUUCAGGCUAAAAUAGAUGCUAUAAAACACUAUAUGCAAUUUAGAAAGGUAAGCAAAGAUUUGGAGGCCAAAGUUAUCAGGUGGUUUGAUUACCUUUGGACCAACAAAAAGACAGUAGAUGAAAGAGAAGUGCUGAAAAAUCUGCCUGACAAACUUAGGGCUGAGAUUGCAAUAAAUGUUCAUCUGGAGACACUAAGGAAGGUACGCAUUUUUCAAAAUUGUGAAGCAGGCCUCCUAGUGGAGUUGGUUCUUAAACUGAGACCUCAGGUUUUCAGCCCAGGAGAUUACAUCUGUCGGAAAGGGGAUAUAGGUCGGGAAAUGUACAUAAUCAAGGAAGGAAAACUAGCUGUUGUUGGGGAAGAUGGAAUUACUCAAUAUGCUAUUUUAACUUCAGGGAGUUGCUUUGGUGAGAUUAGUAUUUUAAAUAUUGAAGGGAGCAAGAUGGGCAACCGCCGGACAGCUAGCAUUCGUAGCCUUGGUUACUCUGACCUUUUCUGCCUUUCAAAAGAUGAUCUAAUGGAGGCAUUAGUAGAAUAUCCAGAUGCUAAAAAGAUUCUUGAAGAAAGAGGAAAAGAAAUACUUGUAAAAGAGGGCCUACUUGAUGAAACAAAGGAGAAAAAUGCAAUGAAUGGUAAAUCUACAGAAGAGAAAUUAGAGCUCCUAGAGUCCAAUUUGGACAUGCUGCACACUCGAUUUGCCCGUUUGCUUCGAGAAUAUAGUGAUGCGCAGCAGAACCUCAAACAAAGGGUCACUUUUUUAGAGGGAAGAUUAAAAGACUUACAAGGUGGUGAGAUAUCCUCUGAUGACAUGGAGGGAAAAAGUGAUGCCUAA